GAUGAGCACUGGAAUGAUCAUGACAGACUUUUUUUAUUUUUUCCUACAAAUGUGUUUAGCCAUAUUGAUGACCACUAUCGGGACGUACAGUGACGAGCUGAAAUGCACAGAAAGCAACUCAUCUGCACAAUGUUGUUCUGGCUUUCGAAAAAUAAACAGAAAAUGCGAAGAAUGCAUAGGAUUUUUUGGAGAAGGUUGCACUCGAUCCUGCCCACCAGGGUUCUAUGGACGGAGAUGUAGAUUAAUAUGCAAUUGUGCUGUAAACGAGACAUGUAAUCAAUUUGUUGGCUGUAGAUCAAACUCCACGUGUGAUUUGCAGCAGAAUGUAGAGCAACAUGACCUCAUUUGGCAGUUAUUGAUUACCUUGUUAUGUGUUCAAGGUUUGAUUUCUGUCCUCUGCAUUAGUUAUUCUUUAAGGAAAAGAAUGUAAUGGACACAAAAUUUCAAGAUCUCAAGUCUAGGAAGUUUUAAAGCUCGCUUAAACAAUUCAGAGAAAAGGUUUAAAAUACACCAAAAUAAAGAAAAUCAUGUGACCUGUGAUGAUCAACACUUACACAGCGGUUCUUCAUAUGGACAGGUGUCAACUGGAUAUAACCAUAUUCAUUUCCAAAAAUCUGCCACGGUUGAUAUUUGUUCUGACGAUUAUAGCACAACAAAGAAACAAAAUUUAAUACACAAUAGGUAUCUAACUAAACAAUACAAACCUACUAUCCCAGACAUCCACAAAGAUGCGAAAAUGUGAUGAUCUUUAUCAACUCGACAAAUCUCGAUAAUCAGAAAAGCUGUUGGAACAAUUAUCGGCAUUUCUAUACUCAAAUUAACUUCUCAUUGAAAUCUUAAUAAACUAAUGCCGACCAAAUAAACAGCCAUAAGGAAUACGCAACAAUAUAUGUUAAACGACAUAGAAAAAUUCUGUCAUCAGGAAUGUUUAAUGAAUAUGUUUUAUAGUGUAUUUAUACAUCAUAAGCUCUAUGGGUUUUUUUUACAAGUCAUUGUCCAUAAUUGUAUCAAUUCUCUUUAAGACUGAUAUAAUAAUAGGAAACAUUAAGAUAUGAAAACAAUCGUUAAGCUGCU